AUGGAUUUAAAUUCAGAGGAAAACAAGAAAAAGCUUAACACGGCUUUCCAGUAGAUGAAAACUAAAAUUUAAAUAGAGGAAAGAAGGGCUUCAGAAGAGGAAUAGAAGCGAAUUGAAUUUGAAGAGAAAUGUCAUACAUUAAAUAACUAAAAAACAUUACUUGAUCAGAAAUUAGCUAAAACCGAAUAGGCUUUUAAAAGGAAAUGCGAAGAAUUACUUGAAAAAGAAGAAAAAUACAAUGAAUUACAGAAAAAGUUAGACUUUUUUAAUAUGAAUGAACCAAAAAAAGGAUUUUUUAAUUUUGGAAGUGAUGAAGUUAAAGAGUAUAGAAAAAAGCUAUUUGCUUUUUAACAAGAAGUAGAAAUUAAGUCGAAUGAAUUAUAAAGACUUCAUGAACUCUUAUUUGAGACAAGAGAAAAUACUAAGAAUAUUGAAAAGAAUUAUUAAGAAUAGAUUGGGAAUUUAGAAUGCAAAAUAAAAAUGUAGAAUGAAAAAAUAGAAGAGGAGAAGAAAGUUAAACUAGAAUUAGAAAAAUAAGUUUAGCAACAAAAUUAGAAUAUAAUAAACAAAGAGUCAGAGCUAAAAGAGUGUAAAUAAUAAUUGAACGAAUAAGAUGAUGAGAUUAGAUAACUUAAAGAAUAAAUAUAAUAACAAUAGUAACUUUAUAACGAAUUAUAAAUUACGUUAAUUCACAAAAAAGAAGAAUUAAAAAAAAAUUAUUAAGAAACAGAUUAAUUAAAAGUUACCUUGGCAUCCAUUAAAGAGAAUCUAUUCAACAUCAUCCCGUAAUUAGAAAAUGAGUCUCAGAAUUCACAAAUAGUUUUGGGACUCAAACAAUUUGUAGAUAAGACUUUUGGAGUCGAUAAACAACGCGAUUAAAAAAUUAAUUAAAUAAAACAGGAAUAGGAACUCUAGAAGGAACUGUUAGUUUAAAAAGAUGGCUAUCAGGUAUUUUAAAAAGCAAAGGAUCGUAUAAUAAAAAUGGGGAAGAAUAUGGAGCAAUUGGAAAAGAAGAAUAAAAUGUUAUAAGAUAGAAUUUAUAUCUUGGAGAACAAAAGAGCAUAAGGAAAAGGUUCAGAAUAUUUAAGUGAUAAAAUAAGUGUAAUGUGA